AUGGUACUCCGCCUAUCUGACCUUGGCUCCAUGGAGCCUCGCGUCUUGCCGCCAGAGCAAAAGGAUGACCGCGACGACGAUUUGCGCUGCGUUGACGACGUGUUUCACAUCAACUGCGAGCGACCAGCGCGCUGUCAGGAUCCUCAACUCGAGGUGAAAGAUACAAAGCAGAUCACCCAGAGGAACCAGGUCGACUCUCCGCUCUUGCGUCUACCUGCCGAGCUCCGCAACAUGAUCUACUGGAACGUCUUCGCCGGAGCCGUCAUCGCUAUCAACAAGCCUCACACAAAGAAAGACAACGUCCUCACCACGUACCCCAGCGUCCGCGCACUCAUGUACGCCUGCUCCCAGCUCUACCGUGAGGCUGAAAUCUACAUGUUCGGCCUCACUCUCUUCGCUCCCAGCUACUUUGCACUCCGCUUCCUCUGGUUGUCCAACAUGUGCGCCGGUAUGCCUGGUGUGGGGACCGCGUCGAUUAUGGGUUGUAAGAUCACAGCUGGUAACGCACGCGCCAUCAUUGAGGGAAAGAUCAAGAAGGAGGACUUGGCAUACUAUCCGUGCUUGCGACAGAUAUUCGUUCAGCUCUGGGACCACCGUGUAUCUGUCAAGCGGAGCGAGAUGUACACACGGAUGCUCCGUGAAGCAUUCGGCAUUCCGAAUCUCGAUGUCAAGUUCAUAGAAUGA